AUGCUUGACUUUGGAGACAGCGUCGACUUGUCGACCUUCUCCCAAAUCCUGGAGAUGGAUGACAGUGAGGAGGAGCGGGAAUUCAGCAAGCCGCUGGUUCUCAACUUCUUUGAGCAGGCCGAGGAGACCUUUGCCAAGAUGGACAACGCCCUACGGGAAAGGAACCUCAGCGAGUUGUCCAGCCUGGGCCACUUCUUGAAGGGCUCCUCUGCAACUCUAGGUUUCUUGAAAGUCAGAGACAGUUGCCAGGUGAUCCAGCAAUACGGCCAUAACCUGAACCUUGAUGGAUCGCCUGAGGCAGACCAAGCAGUGUGCCUUUACAAGAUUAGCGAGGCCCUGAAAACGGUCAAGACGGAUACGGCUGAUCUGGAGGUGUUGCUCAAGGAGUUCUUCAAGGUCUAA